CGCCGUGAGAUGAAAUCCCUUAGGGGACUGAGAUAAAGAGUUCCAUUCCCAAUUGCCGAUUCCCAGCCUGCAAAACCCUAAAACCCUCAGCCAGAAUUCGAAGCAGUCGAAGAGCAGAGGUUAGAAGGCUCGCGAUUUCUUUUCUUUGCAAUGGGUCUCUUCUCCUGGUUCAGCGGGAGUCCUCCUGAUUCCGAUUCGCCGCCGAAACCCAAGGAAUCAGCUAACAACCCGAAAUCCUCAUCCUCAUCCUCUGCCGCCGCCACCGCGACGGAGGUUCCCGGCAUGAACGGCGCAGUGGAGGUCCCCCUCCGACCUCCCCCAAAGAACGUGACGGUGUUCGAGUUCGGCUCGGUGGCUACCUCGACGGAUAAGGUGACUUUGGCCGGAUUCUGCCCCGUGUCCGAGGACCUGGAGCCCUGCCGCUGGGAAAUCCUGCCUUCUACCGAUUCUGACGCCCCGCAGUUCCGGGUUGUUUUCUGAAUCGAAAAUCUCCCCUCUUUUUUCACUCUGCGCUAGGUUGUGUGCUUAAAGUUUCCAACUUUUCACUUUGUAUUCUCAUCUAUCCAUCUGUUCGGCUAUGUAGUGUUUGAACUUGUUGAGUGAAUGGUUCUGUUUGUGUGUUAUGUGGAAGAUUGGGUAGAGAAGCAGAAUCAAUGGCCUGUUCACUGAAUAUCUGAAUUAAUAGAAGAGAAAGGGAUGGUUAUCAUCUUUUCCCGUCUUUCCUUGGUUUGAUAGUCUAGGUGCAUCGUUGAUCUCUAUCGCCAGUUUUCCCCAGGCCAGGAGGGAGAUCUCUAUGUGGCUGGCGGCCAAGAGCAAUGAUUGAGUCUUGUCACCGGACUCCCUCGAUUCUUUCGCGGCCAGUUUGACGAAAGGAUUGAAGGAGUUGCGAGCGACUCUCAUGAAUUAUGGCGGUGGCGCUACCGCUCCUCUCACUGCCAACAAUGGAGUUUAUCUGACUCUUAACAGCCAAGGGGAAACUGGCCUUGGCAACGAUGCACCAAGAAACAAAUAGGGGAAUGCAUGACUAAAAUUAGUGCUCCUAAAUUUGAGAUGAUUUUAAGCUUCAACCUCAUGCUAAAAAUGCUCAGAGCCACAUAUGUGAGAAUGUGCUCAUAGGAGCACACAAUUGUUGGAUUGCAUGUUGGACGUUUCACAAUCUAGGCAAAUAGAAGCACCAUCACGUCCAUCUUAGACUGCUUAAGUGUCCAACACACGAUGAGAUGAUUGUGCGCUCUUGUAAGCACGUUCUUGUACAUGGACUGUGAACUCCAUGAUGAAGUUGCAUGGUGGAUGAUCUUCACCUUUAGUGAGAUCUUUGGUUUUCUUGUGUUUGUCUUGCUAAGUAAGACUAUGUUUUUUGGGAGUGUUUAUUAAUGCAAUUUCACCAUUAUAUAUAUAAAAAAAGUUGCAUAGUGCAUCAUGCAUUGCAAGCCGUCCAAGUUACACCAUUUAAUGGGGUUGUGGAGGAGACUUGGAAACCAAAAUUCAAGUUUAGUGGUAGGGACUAGGAAGGGAGGUGGGUGGAAGUUUCUUCAAGUUCAUGCAAUUGAGUCAAGAAGGUGUGAUAGGGUUUUAGUAGUGAGGUCGUUGUCGAUAGGUGAUCCCCGUAAGUUCUGAUGACAUUGUUGUAUCUGGUGUGUCUAUCUAUUUUAUUUAGUUAUUUAGUUAAAUCAAUAUCAAUGAUUUGU